AGUCCUCCCGCCAAUCAGAGUCACCCCAUUGUCUGAAUGCGGAAGUUUGACCAUGAGCUUCUGAAGCUGCUGCUGUUUCUCUGAAAGAAGAUCGAGCUUCACCCCAGAACCCCACUUCCUUCCUCUGUCCAAUAUCUGAGCAGAAGAAAUCUUGCAUUUGUGAGAGAGCAACUGAGUGAGUGUGCACAUUUGGGAUUUUGGUGGAAAGUGGGAAUUCAUUGCACUGUGGGGAUCAAGCCCUCCCUAUCCAGUCAUUUCAGCUGGUGGAUGAGACUCAGCAGUUCAUGCAGGCAGUCAAUCCAGAGUAUUUGAAGAUCUGAAGAUGCAAGUCUCAAUGAACAGAUGAAGGCCUGAUGCCUGAAAUGUUGACUCUCCUGCUUCUCAUGCUGCCUGACCCACUGUGCUUUUACAGCGCAACACUUUUUGACACUGACUCUCCCGCGUCUACAGUCCUUAUUUUCACGUCAAUAUCUGACAGUCACUCAAUUGAUCAGGACAGCCACGAUUUUUGACUAUAAUUCUGUGAGAAGGAGCAAACCUUUUUGGUUCCUGUUUGAGUAAGUUUUCAUUAUCAGUGGGCCUGGAUGAGAGACCCAACUGUUGCUGCCCACUGAAUGUGGAGCCUGAAACUGUUAUACGGCCUGGAAAGAGGAAUUCCCAGCAGUGAGGGGAAGUACAUGCGUUUGAUUGUAGCUGAAGCUUCGGACAUGGAGAAACCGUGGAAGUGUGAUAACUGUGGGAAAGGCUUCCGUACUCCGUCUGACCUGGAGAUUCAUCAGCGCGUCCACACGGGGGAGAGGCCGUUCUCCUGUCCUAAGUGCGGGAAGGGCUUUACCCAGGUCUCUGCCCUGCUUAGGCACCAGCGGAUCCACACGGGGGAGAGGCCUUUCAGUUGCCCCGAGUGUGGGAAGGCCUUCAGCAAUUCCUCCACCUUGCAGACCCACCGACGAGUCCAUACGGGAGAAGGGCCCUUCAGCUGUCCCGAGUGUGGGAAGGCCUUCAGCUAUUCCUACCACCUGCUGAGGCACCAGCGGGUCCACACGGGGGAGAGGCCUUUCAGCUGCCCCGAGUGUGGGAAGGCCUUCAGCAAUUCCUCCACCUUGCUGACCCACCGGCGAAUCCAUACGGGAGAGAGGCCCUUCAGUUGUCCUGAGUGCGGGAAGGCCUUCAGCAAUUCCUCCACCUUGCUGACCCACCGGCGAGUCCAUACGGGAGAAGAGCCCUUCAACUGUCCCGAGUGUGGGAAGGCCUUCAGCUAUUCCUCCCACCUGCUGAGGCACCAGCGGAUCCACACGGGGGAGAGGCCUUUCACUUGCCCCGAGUGUGGGAAGGCCUUCAGCAAUUCCUUCACCUUGCUGACCCACCGGCGAGUCCAUACGGGAGAGCGGCCCUUCAGUUGUCCUGAGUGCGGGAAGGCCUUCAGUUAUUCCUCCGCCCUGCUGAGGCACCAGCGGGUCCACACAGGGGAGAAGCCCUUCAGCUGUCCUGAGUGUGGGAAGGCCUUCACCCGCUCCUCCAACCUCCGGAACCACCAGCGACUUCAUAUGCCAUCGCAGGGAGACUGACAGCGACUGCCGAGUGCCAUUAUCGACUGGACUAUCCACCCAGUUCUGGGAUCUGUUGGGUUUGAAUCUCAUCGCGGCAGAUGGUGGAAUUGGAAUUCGGUCAGAAUCUAAUGAUGAAACCAUUUUCUGGUGUUGGGUGGGGGAGAAAACCCCAAUCUGAUUCACUCACGCCCUUUUUAGGGAAGGAAACUGCUGUUGUGGGAAAGGAUUCACUCAGUCGUCCCAGCUGCAUCCUUUACCCGGUCUGGCCUACACAUGACUCCAGACCCACAGCAGUCUGUUUCACUCCACACUGCCCCCGUUCCCGGCCCCACGGGUUAAGGCUGUACCAAGGAUCCAAUUACCAGGAAUAAAGAGUGCUGACCAAGAGUAAAGAAAAUGGGGUGGGGUGGAGGGAGGGGGAGUUUGUGCGCUUUGACCUUGAGUUGUUUAAAAAGCAGCUGCUUUCUCUCCCCCUUUUUGCUGGGGGAGAUCUGAAGCUGUAACAAAAUUGGGUCACAAUAAAGAUUACC